GCCAAUGUGAUCAAGUAAGGAAUCAAAAAAUAUAAAGGUGGUUUCUUUACGCUAUACUAAAGUGUUCAAGUAUGAAGCUAUGUAUCGUAGGUGACUUGAAUGGAGGAUAUGCAAGCAAUUAACUAACAGGAAGAUAUAGAUCAACAAAAAUGGAACCAUCGAUAAACAUCAUGCUUAUUUCCUCUUGUGAACCACAGGAGCCUGAAGAGAACAUCACUCACAUGGAUACUUGGCUGUAUAAGGCAGCAGCAGAAGGCAACAUUGAAGUAUUCAAUAAUAAGCAGGGGCUUCAACUUGAGACGCUAAAGACCCCAAACCAUGACAACGUGCUCCAUCUUAACUUGGCAACCCAGGAAAAUGCUGUCUCGCUUAUUAACAGAUUUCUCUCAAAAUUCAUAUUCUUCCCCUUACAAUAUUCAAUCUUCUCUCUGUCUUUGCCAAAUUUAAUUACUAGGUUAAGAGGAGAAAAAAGAUCAGAUUUUAUCGAACAAAUUCUCAGCAAGUGUCCGUCACUGCUACUCCAAACGAAUGCUAAAGGUCAAACUCCUUUGCACGUUGCAGCAAGGUAUGGACAUUCUGCUAUUGUGAAACUUCUAAUCAAGUCUUGUGCGAAACCUAGAGAUGGAGAUUUAGAGAAGCUGGGAACGGAUCAAGUAAAUGCAGUGAGGGAGAUGCUGAGGAUUAGGGAUCAGGAAUCCAACACGGCUUUACAUGAAGCAGCAGGGUGUGGUAAUGUUGAAGUGGUGAAAGCAUUGUUGGAGUUUGAAGAUCCUGAGUUUCCGUAUUCUGCCAACCAAAAACAGGAGACUCCACUUUACAUAGCAGCUAGGAGAGGAGACGGGGGCGUGCUGAGUAUACUGUUGGAUAAAUACAAAUCAACUGCUCAUGGCGGCCCCCACGGUAGAACAGCUUUGCAUGCAGCAGCUAUGGCUGGAGAUGCAGAGGCAAUAAGGGUAAUAUUAGAGAAGAAGAAGAAUUUGACAAAGGAAAGAGAUGAAGAUGGACACACCCCUCUUCAUUAUGCUGCACAUUUGGGUCGUAGAAUAUCAGUUGUGGAAGAACUGUUGAAAUGGGAUGUAUCAGCUGCCUAUAUAGGUGAUAAAAAGAGGGGCAUGACACCCCUUCUUAUGUCAGCCAGGCAAGGUGAUGAUGGAACAGUUUUAAAGAUUCUCUCUUUAUGUCUAGAUUGUUGUGAAAAAGUGGACAACAAAGGUUUGAAUUUACUUCAUUAUCUGGCUUUUAGAGGCUCUUCCUCUCCAUUAGGACAGUCUCCAUUUAAGUAUAAACUUUUCAAGCUUGCUGGUGUUGAGAUUGCAUAUGGAUCAGUCAAAAAUUUAAUGAAGUGGGAAUGUGACUUUGAAAUGACACCUCAAGAAGUUUAUAAUACACUUCAAUAUAGGAAAUAUCAUCAUAAAGAGAAGGAAGUCAAAAAAUUCUGGGAAGAAAUUGAGAAUGAUGUAGUGGCAGAAAAACCAGUUCAUCGCUUGCCAACUAGCUCUCCAAAAAACUUGGAGAAGAAAAGAGAGGCUCAUUUAAUAGUGGCGGCACUUAUAGCCACCGUCGCAUUCGCAGCGGCAAUAACUGUUCCUGGUGGUUUGCAGAGUGAAAAAGAGUCAAAACAAGAAACUCAAGAAAAAGAGUCAGGCACUGCCCUUUUGAUUGAUGAGGCAGCCUUUAAAGCAUUUGUUGUAACAAAUACAAUGGCCUUUAUUUUCUCUGUUUGUGUCCUCACCAUCCACUUUGGGUAUCAGGAUGAUAUAUUAUUUGAACUUAGGUUUUGGGGUAUUAGUAUUUUAUUCGAAACUCCGCCUCUUUUUGGGCUCCUUUGGUCUGCAACGGUUGCGAUGGUGAUUGCCUUCAGCACAGGCAGUUAUGUGGUCUUAAAACCUUCCCACGAACUUGUCAUUGUUUCAUAUCUCAUCUGCCCUGCCUUUUUUUUCGUUAUGUGGCUAAUUUUGUGUAAUAAAAGAUCUCCAGAUACUAUUCAUUUAAUACGAUAAUAUAUUUUAUCAUCGAUUACAAUAUUCUUCUAAA